AUGUUGGAUGCAGCGGAGCACAAGAAGCUAGUGCGCGUCUGCGACCUCGUGGUGCUCGUUCUGCAAAGCCCCAACGACCCCGAAAAGGACCCGACGCAUGAUCAUAGAGACCGACGAGAAGUUCCCCGACGGCCGGCAGCGGGAAACCAACCGCCUCCCGGGAACGAAGAAGGAGAGCCGUACGAGAACACACGCCAGACCGCGGAGCGUAUCCUGAAGGAGGGGGUUCAUGAAGAUCGACCCAAAGAGCGUCAAUCUCGACCUCCUGAAGAUCGUGCGCGUGGAGGAGGAAAUCGAGUCUCCGUCGUUCCCCGGCGUCACGUCCGUGUACCGCAAGGAGAGAUCGUGGAGGGCACCAUCUCCAUCAGCGACCCAGACUUGCUCAAGAAGGUUGGGCUGCCUACCUACAGCAACUGGGAGGCCACGGACGACGUGGGCAACCUGAAGUAUUUCAAGUGGAUGACUGCCAAGCAGGCCGAGGAGAAGAAGGUGAAGCUCACGCCGGAGAAGCAGGAGGUCUCCACCUUGGUGAAGGCGCCCAUCGGCCUCAGCGAGGAGGCCCUCAAGCAGCAGCUCACCAAGGCUGGCAUCGACGUCUCCAAGUACGGUAUCUUCGCGUCAUGCAAGUCCGAGCGGCGCCAUGACAACCGGUACCAGCUUCAAUUUCUGUGUUUGCCAGUGGGCGUCGCGGAUUGCCAGUACGGCUAUUUGAUCGCGGUCCUGGUGCAGACGAAGCAGGCCGACCCUCACGGCAAAGAGACCAUCCUCAACCGCCUGCCUGGUGAUUGGGGCGAAGACUCGCUGAGCCGCCGGCAGACUGGCGGGGGACCCACCGCAGACUCCGAAGAUGGGCGGCGCCGGCACCGCAGCCCGUGCGGCAAGCAGAACCAGUUCCUCAGCGCCCGCCGCAUCAUCCGGAGGCAGCUGGAGAUGGACGAGAAUCAGGUGGUCUUCGACGAGAACGUCAAGCACGUCGAGGAGGACAAGGCGUCCAACACCUACCCCGGGCUGAAGACGGUGUACCGCAAGCGCAUCAUCAGUGCUUCGUGGUCUUCGACGGGCAGCUGA